AUGCUCGACCUGGAUGCUUGGCCCCACAUUCCUCAGAGUAUCCUACUGCUGACCCUACUGCUGGGACUCACAGCAGCUACACAGAAGGAGCUGAAGGUGAUUCAGCCUGAAAAAUCAGUUUCUGUUGCUGCUGGAGCAUCAGCCACUCUGAACUGCACUGUGACCUCCCUGCUCCCUGUGGGGCCCAUUCAGUGGUUCAGGGGAACAGGGCAGAGUCGGCACCUAAUAUAUAGUUUCACAGGAGAGAAGUUCCCCAGAGUUACAAAUGUUACAGAUGUUACAAGGAGAAACAACCUGGACUUUUCCAUCUGCAUCAGUAAUAUCACACCUGCUGACUCUGGUACCUAUUACUGUGUAAAGAUCAACAGAGCAGACCCUGACAAGGAGCUUCAGUCUGGGGGAGGCACAAAGCUGUAUGUGCUUGCAGCUACACAGGAGGAGCUGAAGGUGAUUCAGCCUGAGAAAUCAGUUUCUAUCUCUGCUGGAGCAUCAGCCACUCUGAACUGCACUGUGACCUCCCUGCUCCCUGUGGGGCCCAUUCAGUGGUUCAGGGGAACAGGGCAGAGUCGGCACCUAAUAUAUAGUUUCACAGGAGAGAAGUUCCCCAGAGUUACAAGUGUUGUAGAUACUUCAAAGAGAAACAACCUGGACUUUUCCAUCCGCAUCAAUAAUGUCACACCUGCUGACUCUGGUACCUACUACUGUGUGAAGAUCAACAGAGCAGACACUGACAAAGAGCUUCGGUCUGGGGGAGGCACAGUGCUGUAUGUGCUUGGAGCAGCUACACUGAAGGAGCUGAAGGUGAUUCAGCCUGAGAAAUCAGUUUCUGUCUCUGCUGGAGACUCAGCCACUCUGAACUGCACUGUGACCUCCAUGCUCCCUGUGGGGCCCAUGAUGUGGUUCAGGGGUGCAGGGCAAAGUCGGCGCCUAAUAUAUAGUUUCACAGGAGAGAAGUUCCCCAGAGUCACAGGUGUUGCAGAUACUUCAAAGAGAAACAACCUGGACUUUUCCAUCCGCAUCAGUAAUGUCACACCUGCUGACUCUGGUACCUACUACUGUGUGAAGAUCAACAGAGCAGACACUGACAAAGAGCUUCGGUCUGGGGGAGGCACAGUGCUGUAUGUGCUUGAACUGAAAACAUCAGAUACUGCUGAAAUCCUUGUAGCUCUGCUCCUUGGACCCAAACUGCUACUGGUAAUUGGUGCCUUUGCCGUCUACAUGCACAAGAAGCAGAAGGCCUGACUGUAAGGGGCUCAGACUACAAGAAGCUGUGGAAGAUUGCUUCAAAUGCCACCCUUACAAGGACAACU